AUGGUGAAUCCACUCCGCCGAAAGAUUAUACAGCAGCUCAAAUGUAACCUUUGCAUCGCAGUCAAACAACAGAAUGACUCGGUCUUUGAUUUCAAUAAGUUUUACAUUGCCAAUGGUGGCAAGCACGAAAAAAGCCCGAGCCCGGACUUCGAGACUGUCCCUGCCUUUGUGCAGUGCACGGAUAAGACGCUUUACAUUAGUAUAACCAUCGCGCCCGACGUGCUGGGCUACUCCAGCUCCUUGGUCCGCAAUUCAAAGUACCUCCACCUGCCCAAGCACAAGCUCAACAGCGGCAUGAGCGAGAGCGAGCGCCUCCGCGUCCUCAAGGGCAUCGAGGUCAUGAUGCAGAAUGUCAAGGCGAAUGCCGACGUUGGCCGCAUCGCUCUAGGCUUGAAACACGAUAAAGCCGAGCCGCUGAGGAAGGGGAGGCUCUACAGAUAG